AUGAUUGUUUUCCUAUUUCUUUUAGCAAGACAUAGUUUAUCAGAAGAACAGAAACCUACAGAGACUGAAGCCAACAUUGAAGAGGACAAGUCAUUGUUAGAAACACAAGUUCUUUCUGAUUUUAUUACAGCUCGUCUUUCCAGAAAUCUUACAGUAAAAGGGCAACAUGAAUUGGAACCAAUCGUUGGUAAAUAUCUCAGAAAACCACUUGUAAAUCAUUGCAGGAAUCAGCCCUUCAAAUCUCAAUCUCAGAAGAUUGUAUUUUACAAACUUCGAUAA